AUGGCACUCAACCAGCGUGGGGAAGACCACGCUGGCGAGCCGGCUGAUGCGCGCGUGGGCCCGGCGCGCCUGGGGCUGAGCGUCCAUCCCCGCCCGGAGCCCCGGGACCGGCGCCCAGGAGCAGCACAGAGGACCCUGGAGGAGGAAGACCCGGUUGAGGUCCAGGACUACCGACAGCAGGUGCUGGACCACUUCUCGGCCCCGGAGGACGGCCUGGCGUGGCCGGAGGACCAGGCGGACUUCUUCCACCAGGACCUCCCCCGGCACCGCCAGCUCCUGUCCUGCCUGUUCCUGCCACGCAGGCCCCGCGGACAGCCACCCCGCAUGGUGGUCCUGUGCGGCGCGGCCGGCGUGGGGAAGACCACGCUGGCGCGCCGGCUGAUGCACGCAUGGGCCCGGCGCGCCUUCUACGCGCACACGGCCUGGUGCGCCUUCUACGUUCACUGCGGCCGCGCGGCCGGCGCCGGGGAGCUGAGUAUGGCCGACCUGCUGUCCGCCCAGGGGCCACAGGCCGCGGCGCUGGCCGCCAAGGCGCUGGCCCGGCCAGAGCAGCUGCUGCUAGUCCUGGACGGGUUCGAGGAUCUGGGCCUGCCCCUCCCGCGCGCGCGCAGGCACCGGCGGCUGAACUGGUGGCGAAAACUCCCGGUGCCCGUGCUGCUGGUGGGCCUGCUGAGCGGGAGGCUGCUGCCCCGGGCCUCGCUGCUGCUGCUGCUGCGCCCUUCCUCCUGGAGGGCCCUCCGGCCGCUGCUGCGCUGCCCCUCCGUCCUCACGCUCUCGGGGUUCACCGCCCCGGAGAGGACCCGCUAUCUCCGGACGUACUUUGGGGGCCGGGGGGCAGCGGCCGAGGCGGCGGUGGACUUCCUGCGGGGCAGCGCCGUCCUCGCCUCCAUAUGCCAGGCGCCCGCCGUGUGCUGGCUGGUCUGCUCGUGCCUCCGAGGGCCGGCGGAGCGGGGCAAGGACCUCUUCUCUGCCUUCCCCAACGCGACCGCCCUAUUCGCCCAGCACCUGUCCCGCGCCUUCGUGGGCGCCGUCGGAGAGGUCCCGGGGGCCCCUCUCCAGGAGACCCUGCAGGCGGUGUGCGCCCUGGCGGCCGAGGGCGCGUGGGGCGCGCGCUGGGUGUUCGGGGAGCAGGAGCUGGCGCGCGCCCGGCUGCGCCCCGCCGCGGUGGAUGCGCUUUUGCGCGCGCGGGUCCUGCGGGAGGCGGCUCAGGGCGCUGGGGGCCGGGGCCGCCGCUAUGCCUUCGCCCUGCCCGGCUUCCAGGAGUUCUUCGCGGCGCUGUGGCACGCGCUGCGCUUCCCGGGGCGGGAUCCCGACUUCCAGGCGCUGGACGCGGCGCGCCUGGGGCCCCUGGUCGGGGAGCCGGGCCGGCGGCGGAGGGACGGCCUGGUGCCCGUGGCGCUCCUCUUCUGCGGGCUGUUCCACGCGGCGUGCGCCCCGGCCGUGGAGCGGGCCUUCGGCUGCCGGCUGUCCGCGGGGAACCUGGAGGCGCUGGCCGCGGCGGCGCGCUGGGGGGAGCGCGCGUCCUCCCGGCACCACGGGCUGCCGCCCCUCUUCCACUGCCUGCAGCACGCGCGGGGGGACGCGCUCCCGGCGCGGGCGCUGCGCGGCUGCCGGGCCGCCCUGCUGGUGGUGGCCAAGCACCGGGACCUGCAGGCUAGCGCCUUCUGCCUCCAUUCCUGCCCCGACCUGCGCGAGCUGCAGCUGGUCCUCACCCUGAGCAUCUGCAAGGAGAUACCGGAAGGCACCAACUGGCGCCUCUGCUGGUGGGAGGAGCUCUGCUCGGCGCUGUCCCAGCAGAACCUGGAGGCCCUGUCCCUGACCAACAGCGUCGUGGAGCUGGACGCCGUGCAGGCCCUGGCCGCCGCCCUGGACAGCCCCGGCUGCAGACUGCACACUCUGAGGUUGGAAGGCUGCUGGUUCGCCCCGGGAGGUUUGCUGGAGUUAGCCAGGGACCUCUCACGGAACCUGAGGCUGAAGACGCUGUUGGUACGGAGGGUGCGCCUGGAGGACGCCGAGGCCUCUUUCCUGGCCGAGGCCCAGUGGGAGAGGCUGGCGCUGGAGUGCUGUGACCACAAGCUGCUCUCCCACCAGAGCCUCAUCCUCCCUCUCCGCAGCAACCACAGGCUGACCCACCUGAGCCUGGCCGAGAACGCCCUGAGCUACCACGGCGCCCGGGACCUGUGGUGCGCCCUGCAGAAAGCCCGGUGCCCGCUGCAGAGGCUCGUGCUGAGGAGCUGCAGCCUGACCGCCAGCUGCUGCUGGGAGGCGGCCCGCACGCUGGUCCGGAUCGCCACCCUGCGGAGCCUGGACCUCAGCUUCAACCGGCUGAUGGACGAGGGGCUGGCCCUGUUCUGCGAGGCCCUGCAGGACUGGGACUCCGGGCUCCAGGUGCUCGAGCUGGAGCGAUGCUCCCUCACCACCUACUGCGACCAGGCCCUGGCCCACCUGCUCUGCACCCUCCAGGGCCUGAGGCACCUGGACCUGAGCAGGAACCAGCUGGGGCUCCGGACCAUCCAGCGCCUGCAUGAGACCUUCCACUGGCGGGCGCGGGCCACGAGAGUCGUCCUGGAGCGGAAGCCUCCGCGCAGGGUGCACUUGGCGCUGCGGCUGGAGGGGCCGCCGGUGGACGGCGCGGUGCUGAGGAUCCUGCAGGACCUGGAGGAGGGCUCCUUCCCGGGGCCGCACGCGGGGGCGGGCCCCCCGACGCCCUGA